GCCUGGCGGAACAACAGAACGCCAGCGGGGAUGCCGUACUGGGGCGCGGACGAUGCCGUGGCGGAGCUGCGCCGAGCCCUGUCCAACCGCCACGUGCAGGCCGACCGGCUGCGCUACCGCAACGUGCUGCUGCGCGUGAUCCGGCGCAUGACCCAGGGCGUGGAUGUGUCCGGGGUUUUCAUGGAGAUGGUGAAGGCCAGUGCCACGGGGGACAUCGUGCAGAAGAAGCUGGUCUACUUGUACAUGUGCACGUACGCCGCUCUGCAGCCCGACCUAGCGCUGCUGGCUAUCAACACCCUGUGCAAAGACUGCUCCGACCCCAACCCCAUGGUCAGAGGCCUCGCCCUCCGCAGCAUGUGCAGCCUCAGGAUGCCUGGCAUACAGGAGUACAUCCAGCAGCCCGUUCUGAAUGGUCUGCGAGACAAGGCGUCCUAUGUGAGGAGAGUAGCUGUUCUUGGCUGUGCAAAGAUGCAGAAACUCCAAGGUGACACCGAAGUGGAUGGCGUGAUGGUGAAUGAGCUAUACAGUUUGCUUCGUGACCAGGAUCCCAUCGUAGUGGUGAAUUGUCUGAGGGCUCUAGAAGAGAUUCUGAGGCGGGAAGGAGGAGUUGUCAUCAACAAGCCCAUAGCCCAUCACCUUCUUAAAAGAAUGUCUGACUUAGACCAGUGGGGACAGAGUGAGGUGCUGGCCUUCCUGCUGCGCUACAAACCCCGCAGUGAGGAAGAACUCUUCGACAUCCUCAGCUCACUAGAUGGGUCCCUCAAGAGCACCAGCCCCAGUGUUGUGAUGGCAGCCACCAAACUCUUUCUGGUGUUGGCCAAGGACUUCCCACAGGUACAGACAGAUGUACUAGUUAGAGUGAAGGGGCCACUGCUGGCGGCCUGCACCUCCGAGAGCCGGGAGCUCUGCUUCGCUGCCCUGUGUCAUGUGCGCCAGAUCCUGGGAAGCCUGCCUGGCCACUUUAGCAGCCAUUACAAGAAGUUUUUCUGUUCCUACUCGGAGCCCCAUUACAUUAAAUGUCAGAAGAUGGAAGUGUUGUGUGAACUGGUGAAUGAUGAGAACGUGCAGCAGGUGCUGGAGGAGCUGAAGAGUUACUGCACUGAUGUGUCAACCGAGCUUGCCCAGGGGGCCAUCUUCGCCAUAGGCAGCAUUGCCAGGACGUACACAGAGCAGUGUGUGGGGAUUCUAACGGAGCUCCUAGGGCUUAAGCAAGAACAUAUCACUUCAGCUGUGGUGCAGGCUUUCCGGGACCUGGUGUGGCUUUGUCCCCAGUGCACUGAGGCUGUGUGCCAGGCUCUGCCCAACUGUGAGGAGGCCAUGCAGGACAGCGAGGGCAAGCAAGCGCUGAUCUGGCUCCUGGGAGUGCAUGGGGAGAGAGUUCCCAAUGCUCCCUAUGUUUUGGAGGACUUUGUCGAGAAUGUGAGAUCGGAGACGUUUCCAGCAGUGAAGAUGGAGUUGCUGACAGCUUUGGUCCGACUCUUCCUGUUUCGUCCUGCCGAAUGCCAGGACAUACUCGGGCGACUGCUCUAUUACUGCAUAGAGGAAGAGACUGAUAUGGUGGUACGGGACCGGGGGCUGUUCUACUAUCGUCUCUUACAAGCUGGCGUGGAAGAAGCGAAGCAAGUGCUGUGCAGCCCCAAGUCUGAUCCCUCUCUGGGACUCCUGGAGGAUCAGGCAGAGCGACCUGUGAACAAAUGGGCUUCAGAGUUUAACACGUUGGUGCCCAUAUAUGGGAAAGCGCGCUGGGCAGUUGUCACUGCUAACUGGGCAACGGAGCCGCGCUGCGGAGGCUUUCCCUUUGCUGCUCCGAUGACUGCAGGAACAGAGUCACUGAUUUCAGAAGGGAAUAAGGAAGUUCUCCAGGUUCAUUCAGACUCGGCUGGCUUGACUUUAAUCCCCAAGGCACACCUGACUGCAGAGCAGUUUGAGAAGACCUGGCUGAGUCUGGAUGUGAACUGCCAGCAGGCUCUGCCCUGGCAUGGAGCUGCUCACCCAGACACCAUACAGACUGCGCUUCAGGUUGUCCACAUCCAGACUAUUGCUAUGAGCAAAGCUGGUGCCCAGCCAUGGAAAGCCUAUCUCAGUGCCCAGGAUGAGUCUGGCUGUCUCUUCCUAACAGAACUGCUGCUUGAGACCGAGAACUCCGACAUGCAGGUUUCAGUGAAGCAGAGCGAGGAGAGGACUGAGGCGCUGCAACACUUUAUCUCAAUGUUAAGAACUGUAAUGGGGACAGUCCUAGGGCUGAAAUCCUGAUUCCUCUAAGCCCUGCUCGGAGCAGCCUCACUCGGGGUGCAGGGAAGAUCUUUUCUACGGCUCAGCGUGGUGUUACUGAAGUUAAAUUGCUCUUCUUCUAAACUGUUUGUAAGGGCCUUGAACAGCCCCGAUCUGCCUUAGAGCUGCCAUUAGUACCAGUGGGAAUAGUGUGUGGCCCAGGGGCAGCAUAUGGUGCGAGUGUCGCUAGUUUCUUCACAUACUGCAUUAUAACAGGUGCACGGGAAAGAUUCAAAAUCCAUCAAGGUCUCGCAACUCUCAAGGCUGGGGGAUGGAUCAUCAGUCUGGUGCUUCUGAUGGGGUCACUGAGGCAGGAACAACUCCAGUGCUAGUUACAUGAAUAAAAGAAAGAUUUAAUAUUGGAGUCAGAUCUCUCUAGAGAGGACUGGGAAUGUUGUUUAUACCUGUGCUAGAGGGGCAUGCAGUGUAUGUACUCGACGUGCUGCCAUAUGGAGUAUGCAGUGGAGACAGACCCUUAGUGUUCCUUUUCAGGGCUCUGCCGUAAACUACAUGCAGGCUUCUCUCUGUUCAACCACCGCUCCUUAGGGGCUGGGCUUGUUAACUUCAAAAUCCCCAAAUAAAGUCUAUGAAGUUCAA